CACAGUGACAAUUCUCUCUUCUUCCAGAUGUCAUCGAUGUAAGGAGGGUGACUUACAUCACCUCCUUGAAGUAGGAUGUGUACAUGGCUCUCCAGGUCAGAGUUGCUCCAAGCAAGGUGGUUUUGCUGAAUCUUCUUCUAUGUGUCUCCCUGUUCUACACGGUGUACUAUGUGUCUCUGAGCAUGUGCUGUGUGAUACUCAAGGUACAUGAGUUGGAUAUCCUGGCACCGUUUGAUUUCAAAACAAAUCCCUCGUGGCUCAACACAAAUUAUAAAGUUAUUUUAGUCUCAACAGAAGUCACCUACUUUGUUUGUGGAUUGCUUUUCGUUCUGGUUGUGGAAGAAUGGGUUUGGGAUUACGCUAUCUCAGUAACUAUUCUUCAUGUUGCCAUCACUUCAACUGUUAUGUUGGAAUUCCCUUUGACGUCACAUUGGUGGGCUGCUUUAGGUAUAUUGGAAUUACUCCAGUUUAGAUUCUCUAAUGCAUAAAACAGUGUUAAGUAGAAAAACUUUUGGAAAUGGAUUUCAUUGUCUUAGACAUAGAUUUUA